GCCAAUGGGAGGAAAGAAGAUGUUGAUGGGUGUCUGAGUACAUAAAUGAAGUGAUAUGUUACCAAAAGGUACACACCGUCAAGAAGUCUAGCACUGAUCAGUUCGUGAGGAAAACGUUGGGAAAACUAACACGAACAAUUUGAGAUGAAUACACCGCUACUGGCAUCGUUCUUGUUGAUAUUUUAUCCUUUGGUUGUUGAUUCAUCAACUUGGUUUAGUGAUAAAUCUUCAUCAGUGAAGGACAAACUCAAAAGCAUACUUGACCAAAAUUACGCUUACCUCCUUGCUGGAGAGCCUAAAAAGGUGUUGAAAUUCUAUACUAGUGACUGUGUAUUGAUUGGGCAAGGUGCAGCGCCAAUUGUAGGCAAAGCGGCAUUAUUUAAGUAUUUCAAAGCCGCAACAUCGGGGCCACGAACUGUUAGCAGGAACAGCGUUUACAUUGAUGAAAUUUUUGAUAAAGGAAACAUCGUGACUCUUAGAUACACUCUGACACCACAUGCAAAAGAUUGUAGAGUCCUUUUUCAUUCUCGAGUAAUCAUCGUUUGGAAAAAGACCAAGAGUGGCAAAUACUUGAUUCACAAUCUUAUUUCAAAUGUGCAAGAGAACCUCUGUCCGUCGACGUCAUGAUUGGAGUAGAGAAGAUAUAACAUGUAUAUCUUAAUAUGUAGCCAGAAUGUCGAAAUAAAAUGAGCCAUUGUAAUAAAA